AUGCUGGAACGGGCUGCCGGAUGCCUUGAGAACGCAGGACGGCGUUUCUUUCGGGAUUCCAAUGGCAUGAUCCGUGGCCCCAAAUCGUUCAAUUCCGGUCCCGGGAAAAACACCAUCGCAAGCGUUGAAUGUCUUCGUUGGCUUCUGAUCUCUUUGCGAACCAAGCUCACGCGAUCCUCGAGUGCCUUGGGAGGCAAAUCAAGCUCGGGCGCGAUCACGAACGAUGCGCGAUCGCCUUUUCUCGAAUUCUUGUACCCGCCACAUGCACAGGAAGUCGUCACGUCUUCUUUACUACGGACCCCCAAACGACUUCCUCCCCGACGGAAGAAAAAGUCCAUUCCCAGCCUCUCUCGAAAUUAUGCGACACAGGCUAUUGGUCUGCGACAGUCUGCAAGGGAAUGCAAGCCGGAGGACGAAACGGUCGAGGAAUCCAACGAGACGAGCGAAACAAGAAAGAUACUUGACUCUCUAUUGGCCGACGCGGAACUAGGUCAAUAUGAUGAAGCAUGGGCGUUGUACGUGGCGCUGGGACAUCCCGCGGAUAUGGCCUCGGCUCUUUUGGCUUAUCUUAGUAGCUCGACGCAUGCCGUCGACUGCAGGAGGGCCAAAAGACUAGUUGAAGAGAUCGCGGUUGACUCUCGAUCGGCCGAAGACUAUCUGAACCUGGCUAGAUCCUAUCAUUCUAAUGGGCUAGCCACGGAGAUGAUUUCAACCUGCAAGGAAGCCAUUUCUAAGCAUCGUGGUCACAACUGCUGGGCUUUCACACUAGCGAACCUCUUCGCAGCCGCCAAUUGGGGGGCUCUUCAAGAUAUAUGGCAGUCGAAGCCGACAUCCUCCGAGAACCAGCUCUGGAGCCUCCUUGUGCCUCAUAUCUCUGCACCCGACUUUGCGCAGCAUCUGCUCGCCCUAUCUACGUACUUGGAUGAAGGAGAUGCAGAUGUAUCUCUUCGUGGCCUUGCGUCGUUUUUCCUCGCCCAUGUCUUCAGGAGUCGAGAUGUAGUUGAAAACAUAUCGACCGAGAACCUCUUACUUCUCCUGCGAAAGUACCAUGCACUUGGUAUUCUCAAACCUCACAACUAUUUCGACCUUAUCGAAACAUUCCAGUCAUCUGACAUUCGUUCGACUUUUGUCAAGUCCAUUAUUGUGUACCGCAACUUUCGCUGGCAAUUGCAGGGAGAAGUGCCUCCGUCUAAAAUUUUGGGCAAACUUCUAGAAAGGCUUGCCACACUGGAAAUAACCACUGGAGUUCAGUAUCUGCUGGAUGAAUUCACUCAAUUCUACCGAAAACCAUCGGUAUAUGCAUAUAGGAGUGCGUUGAUCGCCUUUUCAAGGGCUGGCGACGUGCAAAAUGUCACUCGUGUUUUUGAUAGGUAUCUUUUGGAUCAUGGCAAACCGUUGAGCCGGAAGCUUGUCACUCCGGUUCUCUAUGUUCAUGCCAGAGCUGGUGAUGUCAAGUCGACGCUUCGUCAAUUCAAAAGAAUAUCGGAAGAGUUCGAUCUUACGCCAAAUACAAUCUGCUGGAACAUUGUUCUCACUGCGUAUGGCAGAUCAGAUGACUUCAAUGGUGCUUUUGAAACCUUCAAGACGAUGCUAGAACACAAAGUCGAACCCAACUCGCACACCUUCGGUACGUUGAUGGGAUUGAGUGCCAACAAGGGUGAUAUUGAAACCGUUCGACAACUGCUUGUUCUCGCCAAGAAGAAACGAGUGCAGAUCACAACCCCGCUGCUUGAUACCGUCGUGGAGGCGUACUGCAAUAACCACCGGCUUGACCUGGCUGAGAGCGUUGCAGAGACAUGCGUUGGCUUGCGUGUUAAGGGAUCGCGCUUGAGAAUGUGGAACUUGCUGCUUUGGAACCAUGCUUUCCGGAUGGAUCUCGAUGCUAUUUCCAGGAUCCGCUCCCGUAUGGAUGCGAUUGGCCUAGCACCGGAUGAGAUGACUUAUGCCGCCCUCAUGCUUAGUUUGGUGCUCAUAAACCAGACAGAUUCAGCACGCCGGAUUUUGCGGACACUUCACAGAAGCCGUCGCAUUUUUGCGUCCGAAUUCCACUAUACUAUUAUCUUAUAUGGUUAUGUCAAAGCUCGGAAUCGCGACAUGGUCCACAUCGUUUUCCGCGAGAUCAAGAAGCGUUUCAGCAAGCCCGGAUUGAGUUCUCAUCUACUUGUUUUGAGGAGCCAGCUUCAUCGAGACUUACAGCUUGUGCAACAUGGAGGUGGAGAAGCCGAUGCUGCCCAAGUCCGUCUGGAAUAUGCCGAAAAGUUCCUGGUAGAAACCCUCGUCGAGUUUGAUCGCACUAAGCUGGCAUCUAAGGAGCCAUUACCCGGUGCAGGAAGGCGAUCUCCCAGUAGGGCAUUCCCUGUUGUGUACUUCGAACAUAUCAUCAAUGCCUACGGAACGAGAGGAGUCUCGAAGAAGGCUCGUGAGCUAUUCGAUGAGUACCUCCGAAGCAGAACUACCCCUGAUGACCCGGAAGCCGUUGAGGACAUAGCGCCAAUUCGAUUGAUUGCCGCAUUGAUGCUCGCCCAUCUGAAAGGCGGAGAAUACCAAAAGGUAGAAGAAUGUUGGAACAUGGUUCUCCCUCGUGCCAAAACGUUAGCCAGCCGGCCUAAUGUGGAUGAAUGGCUGUCUAUAAAGUCGCCCCCUACUACUGAUGCUACUGAGCCUGGUCCGCCCCAACCGUCUCUGCCAAUUUCCGUGCGCAGUGAGCCAGAAGGAGGUCUGCAGUCUGCUACUUCGGAAGCGACUUGGCCUAGGACGUCUGUCCUGCCCUCAUAUCGGUUCUGCAUAUCACGGCCGCUAUCUUUAUACAUGCGAUCUUUAGCUUAUCGGAACGAGGCCUGGAAGCUCCCUCAGCUUGCAUUGGACAUUAAGAAGGCGGGCUUUUCUUUGACGACUUUCAAUUGGUCAACUAUGGUGCAAAUGCUUGCCUCCUCUGAUAGACCCUCAGACCAGGCCGAAGCGUUUACCAUCUUUGAAACAAAAUUCAUGCCGAACUUUCCUGGCUGGAAGAACCUACGCCGAGGGUAUGGGUUGAAACCCGAUGGAGUCCCGGACAGUAUUGACUUGAUGGAAAAACCAAAUCGCUCGAAACCCCCCCACGUUCUUGGUAAGGAAGGGCGGCGGUACUGGAGUAAGAUCCAACCAGACUUUCUACAACCUACUUACAUCUCUAUGGUGUACCUGGCUUCAUCCUUACUUAGAUUCCGCGAAAGGAGUCUCUACGACGGGUCGGCCGAAGUGAAAGCGCUCUACAGGGAAGCACCGAGAACCAUCAAGGCGAUCGCCAGAAUGCCUGUUCUCCGUGAUAAAUUCCAGGGAGUGUUGCUUCGCCGUCGCCAGGAACGCAGUGACAAACAGAAUGACGGGUCUCAUCACUUCGUAUGGACUGGUGGUAUUCUUGGAGUAGGGGGUAGACGCCGGGCCAUUCCGCAGCCAGAGAAGGAAGAAAAUGACCAACACGAGGAAGAAGAUCUUGAGGAAGAUGAGGAUGCCAAUGAAACGGAAGAGGCUGAGGAGACAGAGGAGAUCGAGAAGACCGAGGAAGAGAAAGAGGCCGAAGCCCUGGCUUUGCAAUACGCGCACGUUCGGCCUGAUCCGGAUAACACCACGGAAGUUGCCGAGGACUCUUUUAUCAUUGAAGAGACUCUCUCAUCUGGCAACACUUCCGAGCUUCCCGAAAAAACCAUCGACUCUCAAGAUGAGUACGAUAUCGAGGCUGAAUCCCUUCUCGAGGCCCGACGCAUCGCUGAUGGAGUGAUCGACGAGAUGCUCGAUAUCGAACAACGUGACAGCUCCGACGAAAACGAUCAACAUGAUGACAAUACUCCGCCGCUGGAAGAGGAACAUCACUCCGACCAGGAUCACUCCGACACCGACAAUCAGCUUCCCGAGGGAGAAAUGCAUGAAAAGAGUGAUGAGGACUCGCGUUAG